AUGGACUGUGACAUAGCCUCAUACCACGUCUCAUCAUUCGAUUUUCUCGUAACAGAAGGAUGUCAGUUCGCCGCCCAGGCUGUUCCGGCAGAAAAGUUCCGUCUAAAAAAUGGAGAUGCUGUUACCAUGAAGUUCACGUCGGCACAGCUUCAUAAACCAACUCUGGACAACGGAGCGAAGUUAACAAGCGACACACUCCCACUGUAUCCAGCAGAGUGUCGUCAGCGAGGAUUAACGUAUGCCGGAAAUUUGAAAGUUGGAAUCGAUGUUCAUGUCAAUGGUACUCGUUUGGACAUUAUUGAAACCAUUCUGGGAAAGGUACCUAUUAUGCUUCGCUCAGAAGGAUGUAAUCUUCGCGGAAUGUCCCGAAAGGAAUUGGUCGCAGCUGGUGAAGAACCAAUUGAAAAAGGAGGAUAUUUCAUUGUGAAUGGAUCGGAAAAAGUAAUCAGACUUUUGAUUGCUAACCGAAGAAAUUUCCCGAUCGCAAUCAUUCGAAAAACAUUCAAAGAGAAAGGAAAACUUUUCUCAGAGUUCGGAGUAAUGAUGAGAAGUGUUAAAGAGAAUCAUACGGCCGUGAUGAUGACAUUGCACUAUUUGGAUACUGGAACCAUGCAAUUAGCUUUACAAUUCCGAAGAGAAAUCUUCUACGUUCCCUUAAUGUAUGUUGUGAAGGCAUUGACAAAUAAAAAUGAUGCAGUGAUAAUGGCUGGAUUCAAGAGAGGAAGAAAUCAAGAUCAAUUCUUCUCUUCUUGUGUUCUGAACAUGUUGGCUCAAUGUCAAGAAGAAGGAAUUCUUCAUCAAGAAUCUGCAAUCAGAGCUAUUGGUUCUCGAUUCCGUGUAGCAAUUGCUGAUAGAAUUGCACCAUGGGAAGAUGACUUGGAAGCUGGAAAGUUCAUUAUUAGAGAAUGCGUACUCGUGCAUUUGGAUUCGGACGAAGAGAAGUUCUACACGUUGGCAUAUAUGGCGCAGAAGUUGAUUGCUCUUAUCAAAGGAGAAUGUGCCCCAGAGACACCUGACAAUCCACAAUUUCAAGAAGCUUCUGUAUCUGGACAUAUCCUGUUGUUGAUUUUGAGAGAAAGAAUGGAAAAUAUUAUUGGAGUUGUCAGAAGAAAACUAGAGUUUAUGAGUUCGAGAAAAGAUUUUAUCUUAACUAGCUCUGCAAUUCUCAAAGCUCUUGGAAAUCACACUGGUGGUGAAAUUACACGUGGAAUGGCUUAUUUUUUAGCUACUGGAAAUCUAGUGACACGUGUUGGAUUGGCUCUUCAACAAGAAUCUGGAUUCUCAGUGAUUGCUGAAAGAAUUAACCAACUUCGUUUUGUUUCACAUUUCCGUGCAAUUCACAGAGGAGCUUUCUUCAUGGAAAUGAGAACAACCGAUGUUCGAAAGCUUCGACCGGAAGCGUGGGGUUUUAUUUGUCCAGUACAUACGCCUGACGGUGCGCCAUGUGGUCUUCUUAAUCACGUAACAGCUUCAUGCAGAAUCGUAACUCAUUUAUCGGAUAAUUCUAGUAUCCCAUCAAUGUUGGCUGAGUUGGGAAUGUAUACACAGAAAACCGUCUCAUUGGCGCCACCUGGAGAAGAGCUCUAUCCUGUUCUAAUGGAUGGAAGAUAUAUUGGAUAUGUUCCAAUUGCAAAAGCUGCGUCGAUUGAACGAUAUCUCCGGUGUGCUAAAGUUGCAAAUGAUGCUAGAAUUCCUUAUACUACCGAGAUUGCUCUUGUCCGCCGCUCGACAGAUAUCAAGAACAUUCAAACUCAAUAUCCUGGAAUUUAUAUUCUCACUGAUCCAGGUCGUCUGAUUCGUCCCGUUCGAAAUUUGGCAAUGGAUUCCGUGGAGCACAUUGGAACUUUUGAACAAGUUUAUUUAUCAGUUGUUUUGGAUCCAGAAGAAGCUGAACCAGGUGUCACUAUGCAUCAAGAAUUGCAUCCAUCAUGUCUUUUCUCAUUUGCUGGAAAUCUGAUUCCAUUCCCAGAUCAUAAUCAGUCGCCACGUAACGUAUACCAAUGUCAAAUGGGUAAACAGACAAUGGGAACCGCAGUUCACUCAUGGCAUUCUCGUGCAGACAACAAAAUGUAUCGGCUUCAAUUCCCACAGCAACCGAUGCUGAAACUGGAAGCUUAUGAGAAAUACGAAAUGGAUGAAUACCCAUUGGGAACAAAUGCGUGCGUAGCAGUCAUUUCAUACACUGGAUAUGAUAUGGAAGAUGCUAUGACAAUCAACAAAGCUUCUUAUCAACGUGGAUUUGCUCACGGAACUGUUAUUAAAGUGGAAAGAAUAAAUUUGGUGACUGAUCGAGAACGGAAAACAAUUUUCUACAAGAAUCCACGUGAAGAUAUGAAAACUGUCUCAGCAGAUGGGCUUCCGAUUCCCGGAAGACGGUAUUUCCUCGAUGAAGUGUAUUAUGUCACUUUCAAUAUGGAAACCGGUGACUUCCGUAGUCAUAAGUUCCAUUACGCUGAGCCAGCUUACUGUGGAAUGGUUAGAAUUGUUGAACAAUCUGAAAGUGGAAGCGGUGCUCAGCAUGCAUUGAUUCAAUGGAGAAUUGAAAGAAACCCAAUUAUCGGAGAUAAAUUUGCAUCACGUCACGGACAAAAAGGAAUUAAUUCAUUCCUUUGGCCUAUUGAAUCUCUGCCAUUUUCGGAAACUGGAAUGGUUCCAGAUAUCAUUUUCAAUCCUCACGGUUUCCCAUCUCGGAUGACAAUCGGAAUGAUGAUUGAGAGUAUGGCUGGAAAAGCGGCAGCAACCCACGGAGAGAAUUAUGAUGCAUCACCGUUCGUAUUCAAUGAAGACAACACUGCAAUUAAUCAUUUCGGAGAGUUGCUCACUAAAGCUGGUUACAAUUAUUACGGUAAUGAGACAUUCUACUCGGGAGUUGAUGGACGACAGAUGGAGAUGCAAAUUUUCUUUGGAAUCGUUUAUUAUCAACGUCUUCGUCAUAUGAUUGCGGAUAAAUUCCAAGUGAGAGCGACCGGACCAAUUGAUCCGAUUACUCAUCAACCAGUCAAAGGACGUAAGAAGGGAGGAGGUAUUCGAUUCGGAGAAAUGGAAAGAGAUGCUAUUAUUGCACACGGAACUUCUUUUGUUCUCCAGGAUCGUCUUCUCAAUUGCUCUGAUCGUGACGUCGCAUAUGCUUGUCGUCGUUGUGGAUCGCUUCUUUCCGUUUUAAUGUCAUCAAAAGCGGGAGCUCAUCUGAUGAAAAAGAAGAGAUCCGAUAAUGAACCAUUGGACUAUACGGAAUCUCAAAGAUGUCGAACAUGUGAUAAAGAUGAUCAAGUAUAUCUUCUCCAAGUGCCACGUGUAUUCCGUUAUUUAACUGCCGAGUUAGCUGCGAUGAAUGUGAAAAUCAAGUUGGGAAUCGAGCACCCAUCGAAAGUCACUGGAAGUUAA